UCCGCCUGCACAUGCACUUUGAAGCUGCGCAUGCGAUACGACGGCUGCACUUUAUUGCUUGUUCCUCGGAGUCAUUUCAUUUUAUUUUAUUUUUUGUUUUACAAAGUUUUUGGCAACUUUUCGUUGGAUUUGAGAUCGCUUGCAUUCUUUUUCUGGGCUCGGAGGAGAAAAUUGUGUUUCUGAUUAAGUGAACUCCCGGUUAGGCACCGACUGGUGAAGAUGAACUGCACAAAGGUGCUGCAGAUAUUUGGUGGGCACUCGUAUCACCAGCAGGCCAUGCCACUGGACCUGGCUGUUAAGCUGUGCCUGAGUCAGAGCCCUCCAUUGCGCCGCCUGCUGGCUGUAUCCCCUCUGAAGGCUCAGUCACAGUACUACUCCUCCCAGCAGAGGUGGCAGGAGCCUGUGACUGCUUCACGGAAUCAGACAGAAGUCAAGACCCCAGUCAGCAUCAUCAGAACGGGCGGGGGGAGCAAGAGGAAGAAGAACGUGGUGUUCGCCGAUGCUCUGGGACUGUCGCUGACGGCGGUACGCUUCUUCGAGACGGAGGAUGACGCGAGUCCCCCUCUACGAGACUUUGGUGUUGUUGCGAAGCCCUUGGGGUGCACUGACAGGGCCGCCGUGCCCGGCUCCUUGGACCAGAGAGCCUGCCGCCUGCAGCUGGGUUUCCCUCAGCCCUGGACGGAUUUCCCAGCGUUCCAUGCGCGCUUGGCCGGAGGCAUGGUCCACCUGGAGAGCUGCAGUGUGACGCCGCGAGGGCUCAGCGGCACGGUGCGGGUGAGGAACACCAGCUUCGAGAAGGCCGUGCACAUCCGCAUCACCUUCGACUCCUGGCGCAGCUAUCAUGACGUUCCCUGCACCUACCUGCAACAGCGUGCUGGAGCUGGCGGAGAAACCGACACCUUUGCCUUUGACAUUCAUCUACCUCACAACCUUGACCCUGAGAAGUGCAUCGAAUUCUGUGUCUCCUAUCGCUCCACUGCUUUUGCCGAACCUCUAUGGGACAAUAACAGGGGCCAGAAUUACCGCGUCUUUGUCUGCGUGGACCCCGAGGCAGUUUAUUGGGCCUCUGCACCGCAGUCUAAUUAUGUUAGAAAACCGCUGCACGAUGGCUCAUGGUGUCCCCAUCCAAAUGGUGCACAGAAUGGGCUGAACUGCUCAUUUGAUACUUACCCAGCCAUCCAGAGCUGGAGUGGACUGCAGCACAUCCUGCCCUUCUGCUAGCAUGACUGACCACUAUUGAGCUCCUGUAAAGCAGCCGUCCUUCACCACGGCUUUCAGGUUCCUGGAGGACAAUCCUUUCCUGAUUUUACUGGUGUUUUUUGUGACCAUUGUCAGUUAAAGCUAGUUCUCCUUUCAAUGCGAGUUUGCACUUUGGUUCAUAUGAAGGUCUGAGUCUUGAUACAGUUUACAUCUGAGAUGCGUUUGUGAUGGGAUUCCUCGUGAUGAGUGUCCAUCACUUGUUACUCUGCCCACCUCAAAGGUUUGGCUGAACUGGUGUUGUGGUUCCAUCUUGUUUUGGAUGCAGGAUUUCAUCGGGUGAUUAAUUACUCAAUUAGUCUUCAGCCACUUCAAGCUUCAGAAUACGUGUAAUGUUAAUGAAACUUUCUACAGCAUUAUUAUGAAUGAAUUUUUAAAUGUUUAGCUAUUUAUAAGUCAACCUGUUGUGAAUUAAAUGUUUUGAUUUCAA